AUAAGCCCGAUCAGCGGUGGCCGAGAUCAUGGCAGCCCUCUUCUUCCACACCCUGAAGUACAAACCGCAGGACCCCCGGGACUCCAGCAAUGAUCUCUUAGUGCUCUCCAAGGGUCAUGCGGCUCCCAUCCCCCAAGGUCUGGCUGAGGCUGGCUUUCUGCCAGAGGCCGAGCUGUUGAACUUGGGGAAGAUCAGUUCCAUCCUAGAGGGCCACCCAGUGCCGAAACAAGCCUUUUCAGAUGUGGCUCCUGGGUCAAGGGCUUGUGGCAUGGCCUACCCAGGCAAAUACGGCGACAAAGAGGUGUCUGAAGGGUCUGUGUGCGAAGCCAUGGCCUGCGCAGGUUUCUACAAGUUGAACAACCUGGGGGCCAUCUUUGCCAUUAGCCGGCUGGGCCAGAGUGACCCUGCCCCACUGCAGCACCGAGUGGAAGUGUACCGGAAGCCAUGUGAAGCCUUUGGGUGGAAUGCCAUCAAGGUGGACGGACACAGCGUGGAGGAGCUCUGCAAAGCCUUCAACCAAGGCUUCGACCAGGGCAAGCACAAGCUGCUGGCUAUCAUCGCAAAAACUACAAAGACGGAAGGAAUCUCAGGUGUGGAAAACAAGGAAUCUUGACAUGGGAAGCCCCUUCCCAAAAACAUGGCGGAACAGGUCAUUGAGGAAAUCCAUGCCCAAAUCCAAAGCAAGAAGAUUCCAGCAACACUCCCCAAAGAUGCUCCCGCAGCUAACAUCACCAACAUUCGGAUACCAUCUCCUCCAAAUUACAAAACCAGAGACAAGAUGGCUACCCGUAAAGCCUGUGGUGUGGGCCUAGUCAAACGGGGGUAUGCCAGUGAUCACGUGAUUGCCCUGGAUGGGGACAAGAACUCCACCUUUUCAGACCUCUUCAAGAUGGAACAUCCCAACCGCUUCAUUGAAUGUUUCAUUGCAGAGCAGCACAUGGCGAGCAUCGCUGUGGGCUGUACCACCUGGGACAGGACCGUGCCAUUCUGCAGCACCUUUGCUGCCUUCUUCAGCAGGGCCUUUGACCAGAUCCGGAUGGCAGCAAUUUCAGAAAGCAACAUCAACCUGUGUGGCUCCCAUUGUGGUGUGUCCAUUGGUGAAGACGGUCCUUCUCCGACGGCCCUCAAAGACCUCGCCAUGCUCUGGAGUACUCCCAACGGAACAGUCUUUUACCCAAGUGAUGCUGUGUCUACCGAGGAAGCAGUAGAGUUAGCUGCUGACACCAAGGGCUUCUCUUUCAUAAGGGCCAGCCGCCCAGACAAUGCAAUCAUUGACAACAAUGAAGACUUCAAGAUUGGCCAGGCUAAGGUGGCCCUGAAGAGCAAAGACCACCAGAUGACUGUCAUUGGAGCCCGAGUGACCCUCCAUGAAGCUUUGGCAGCUGCAGAACAACUGAAGAAAGAUAAGAUCACUAUCCGUGUGACUGACCCCUUUACCAUCAAGCCCCUGGAUGCGAAACUCGUCCUUGAAAGCGCUCGUGCAACCAACGGCCGAAUUCUGACUGUGGAAGACCAUUACUACGAGGGUGGCAUAGGAGAAGCCAUGGCUGCCACCGUCGUGGGUGAGCCUGGCACCACCCCCACUCAUCUGGUGGCCAGCCACAUCCCAAGAAGUGGGAAGCCAGCAGAGCUGCUGAGGAUGUUUGGAAUCAACAAGGACGCCAUCGUGCGGCUGAACAAAGCCUGAGUGAUGAGGGCCAGGGAAGAGAGAGCCACAUGCCUGUAACUUUCAAGCACACAAAGUCACUUGCUUCUAUUGAGGAUCAAUAAAAAGAAUAAAUAAAAAUGUUU